AUGUCGGGAUUAAAAGUCCUUGUUUCGGGAGCUUCCAUUGCAGGCCCAGCAACCGCCUACUGGCUAGCUAAAGCCGGCGCUAGGGUCACUGUCGUGGAGCGAUUUCCAGCUCUGCGCAUUGGCGGACAGGCUAUUGAUAUUCGCACCGCUGGCGUUUCUGUCAUGCGCAAGAUGCCUGGGCUAGAGGCCGCGGUGCGAGCCAAGACGACUCAAGAAGAAGGGAUCAGCUUUGUUGGGGAAGACGGCAGACCUUUCGGGGUCAUCCGGCCUUCUGGAAACCCAGAUCAACAGUCGCUCGUCUCUGAGUACGAGAUUCUACGCAGUGAUCUGUCCCAAAUUCUCUUCGACUUCACCAAAGAGAACAAAAACAUCAACUAUAUCUUCGAUGAACAGAUAGCCUCCAUGUCCCAAAGCGAAAAAAGACCGGGCCCUGUAAAAGUCACAUUUGCGAACGGUACCCCGGCUUCAGAGUACGACCUGGUGGUUGCUUGUGACGGCGCAACGUCAAGGACUCGAGUGCUGGGUUUUGGAGGCAACGUCCACGACCGCAUCAUCCCUACCAACUGCUGGGCAGCUUAUUUUUCCAUGCCUCAAGAUCUUCUCAACGGAAGCAGAAUUGGACAGGGAUUCAGUGCCGUUAGAGGGCGCAAUAUCAGCAUCGGUACGGAUCCAGCAGGCUUCAGUCGCGCUCUGGUCAUGUGCAUGAACCCCAAAGACAAGCCCGAGAGCUCACUGGCGUUUCGGGAGGCUUCGGCGGAAGGAAACGAUGCACUCAAAAAGUACAUUGCUCAACACUACCGAGGUGUGAGUUGGAAGAGCGACAUUGCAAUGCGCGAGAUGAUGGACUCAAAAGACUUUUACGCGAGUGAGAUUGUGCAGGUCAAAACGCCAGAUUUGUACAAGGGACGUUUUGUUUUGGUAGGUGACGCUGGUUACGCAGCAGGCCUCACGGGCGCUGGGACAAGCCUGGCCCUCGCAGGAGCGUACAUUCUAGCGGGCGAGCUAGGAAAACACAAGGGAGACAUUGCAGCAGGCCUUCAUGGUUAUGAGCAGCAAAUCAGACCUCUGAUUAAUAAAAUGCAGGUAAUUCCACCACUGGUGACAACCAUUCUGGCGCCGCAGACGGCUUGGGGCAUUUGGCUGCGAAACAACAUUUUCGCCUUCAUUGCGUGGACGGGAUUGAUUGAGUUUGCGCAGAGGUACAUUGGCGCUAGCUUUGGCGAUGCGAAAGAGUUUCCAAUUCCGGAGUACAAAUGGGAGAAUUAA